AUGUACACUAGACAGUUCACUCCCCCAUCAGUCUCCUAUUCGUCCUACCUCACCGCGAGUGCGCACAGUCGCAGCACCUCCGAUGGUUCCUUUUACUCCAGUGAUGCUUCCCCUGGCUCCGUCGGAACCAACAUCACUACUCCGCCCAGGUCUCCUAUCCGGCAGCAUGGCACGACUUUGUUGCCAAAGGUCCGUCAGCAGGACCAGGUGACAGAGCCUACUGCUGGACCCACUGGUGCUAUCCGUCAUCGCAAGACCAUGUCUGCGUCUAGUGCUGCGUAUAUUCAGACUGUCAACCCAUACGGCGCGCGUCCUUCAUCCUACUACAGGCGCGGCGCUAGCCCGGGCGAGCAGAGCAACAUAGUGUCUCCAAUCUCUGAACCCUCUCCGUACGAGACCUCCUUUUCCAAUCUCAACUCGCCAGUCACCUUUGGACCAGCACUCUCUCGUCGCCCUUCAAUCAGCCACUCGCGCUCUCAAUCAGCCAGCCGCUCUCACCACCGCGCUGAAUCUGCCGGAAGCAUCGAUGAGUCCAUUAUCAGUCGCUAUGGCUAUCCCACCUACAGACAGAUGCCAGUCUACACCACGUCUGCAACUCCUCCGCCACCCGCGAUGCACAUCUCCAAUGCCGUUCCGGUCAACAGCUACAACUCAAUUGAGUCCUGGUCGCAGGAUACCUAUGCUCAGGACUAUCAGCGCUCUGAAUAUACGCCUGCUCCAGCUGUUCAGUAUUCCUCUACUGUAUCGCCAGUCGAUUCUUUUACACUUUCUACGUCCACCACGACCAUGCUGGCUUACCUGACUGCUCCCAAUCCGUCUCCAGCUCUUGUUCGCCGUGUCACUACUACUGGCCGUGGCAUGAACUCUUACUUUUGGUGGGACAUUCGCAAUCUGCGUCAAUGGACCGAUUUCACUGUUGAGAAGAUCAGCGAAGUGCCUGACUUGAUGAAGCUGCUCCAGUUCCCGGUCUCAACUGCGACGCUUCCCACACCUCCCCGCCCCAAUCUCCAGCCUGAUUCCGAGGGCGCACUCCACGACAUCUGCCGCGACUACCAUGCGCAAAAGGUCAACUCGGCCCUUAGGAUGGCUCUUGGAGAUCCAAACAUGACCAUACGCUCCUUUAAGCCUGCUCCGGGCUCGCGCCAGCCCGACUUUGUCUCCAACUAUUCCUUUGACUACGAAAAGACAUUGCUAGGCGAUGGUCGUGGUCGUGUUGUCGGGCUUGUCAAGUCCUACGAUCAGUGGAACACCGGCAUGCGGUCCGAGGCUCCCAACAAGCAGGUCUACUACCUUCAAGGCCUUGCACAUCUCCACAAGAUCAUGCGCGAUCAUGGGUGCAGAUACGGCUUCAUCAUGACUGAGAUUGAAGUCCUGUGUGUUCGCGCUGGUGGCCCUCCAGACAGUGGCAUGACCGACUCCACCACUGUCAACAGCUCUGGCAGUGUUCCCCUUUUUGGCUAUCUUGAGUUGUCUGCUCCUAUCCGCCUGUCUACCAAUGGCUUUCACCCUGAGACUGGCGAGGCUCAGUUGACUGCCGGCCUCGCUCUCUGGUACUUGCACAUGCUGGCCAAGGAGAACCCUCUACCUGGAGCCAUCAGCUGGCGCAUGGAGGUCGGUGGUCCUCCCGCAUUGACCAGACAAAAUGUUAUCGAGAAGGAUGCAUGGAUCCCGAAGCCGAACAUUGGCGAGAAGCGAGACGCAAAGAGAAUCAGGGGCUGGGUCUUUCCUGAAGAGCCAUACAAUAGGAAAGAAUCGGGCAAGCCUCGAAGGGUUCGAAAGGCAUAG